UGAACGUCGGCGGAAGCAGAAGUGGGCUGUGGAUCCAAGAAACACUGCAUGGAGUAAUGACGAUUCCAAGUUUGGCCAGAGGAUGCUAGAGAAGAUGGGAUGGUCUAAAGGAAAGGGUUUAGGGGCUCAGGAGCAAGGAGCCACAGAUCAUAUUAGAGUUCAAGUUAAAAAUAACCACCUGGGACUUGGAGCGACGAUCAAUAAUGAAGACAACUGGAUCGCACAUCAGGAUGGUUUUAACCAGCUCCUGGCUGAACUAAACACUUGCCAUGCGCAGGAAACAGCAGACUCCUUAGACAACAAGGAAAAGAAAUCUUUUAGCCUUGAGGAAAAGUCCAAAAUCUCCAAAAACCGUGUUCAUUAUAUGAAAUUCACAAAAGGAAAGUCGUGGAAGGCGCUGACGCUGUCGCAGAAGAGGCCGUACGUGGACGAGGCGGAGCGGCUGCGCCUGCAGCACAUGCAGGACUACCCCAACUACAAGUACCGGCCCCGCAGGAAGAAGCAGGCCAAGCGCCUCUGCAAGCGCGUGGACCCCGGCUUCCUCCUGAGCUCCCUCUCCCGGGACCAGAAUGCCCUGCCAGAGAAGAGGAGCGGCAGCCGGGGGGUGCCGGGGGAGAAGGAGGACAGGGGUGAGUACUCCCCGGGCACCGCCCUGCCGGGCCUCCGGGGCUGCUACCACGAGGGACCGGCUGGUGGCGGCGGCACCCCGGGCAGUGUGGACACGUACCCAUACGGGCUGCCCACGCCCCCGGAGAUGUCUCCACUGGACGUGCUGGAGCCGGAGCAGACCUUCUUCUCCUCCCCCUGCCAGGAGGAGCAGGCCCACCCCCGCCGCAUCCCCCACCUGCCAGGGCCCCCUUACUCGCCGGAGUAUUCCCCCAGUCCUCUGCACUGCAGCCACCCCCUGGGCUCCCUGGCCCUUGGCCAGUCCCUCAGUGUUUCUAUGAUGUCCACCGUCCCCGGCUGCCCCCCGUCCCCUGCCUAUUACUCCCCAGCCACCUACCACCCCCUCCACUCCAACCUCCACGCCCACCUGGGCCAGCUCUCCCCGCCUCCCGAACACCCUGGCUUCGACGCCCUGGAUCAGCUGAGCCAGGUGGAACUCCUGGGGGACAUGGAUCGCAACGAAUUUGAUCAGUAUUUGAACACUCCUGGCCACCCAGACUCUGCCGCGGGCACCAUGGCCCUCGGUGGGCAUGCCCCGGUCUCCCAGGUGACACCAACGGGCCCCACAGAGACCAGCCUCAUCUCCGUCCUGGCUGACGCCACGGCCACAUACUACAACAGCUACAGCGUGUCAUAGAGCCAGAGGCACCGCGUCCAGCCCGGCCCUCGAGCCCUCUCGCGCCCGUGUCCCGGGAGGAGCAGAGAGCCCUCGGGCUCCAGCUUUCCUCCCCUUGGCCGGGGAGGUCCGACUGCCGGCCCAGAGCCUAUGGACUAAAGCUGGAUGGGGCUCUGCUGAUCCGGGGGUCCCUCCGUCCCCUUCCCCAUGGCCCACUCCCCCCGCCUGCAUUUUGAGUAUAUUCCUUCAAAAGAGCUUUGUCGGCUACACACUGGGAACAAGGCCAUCAAGUUGCUGAGAGAUGCUGUCUCCCGGUAGAGUGUUCGCUGACCUCCUUUCCUUGUCCCCAUCAUUGAGACACACGGUGACAAGCCCAGCAGCAUUCGAACCUCUCCUGUUUUUGACACGGCUGCCCCUGGUCUUUGGAUCCUGCAGG